CGUGAUCGAAGAAGGUGGUAAAGACGAUGGUCAACAACCAUGUCGAAGGGCCGCCAACUUUCUCAGAUGGACUAGAACAGGUGAACUGAAACGAGGAAACACGCUGAGCUGACUUCCUGUAAGAUCGCAUGUCCUAAAAGGAUAGAUUUCGAAUCAAAUUGUGAAUCGUCAUGGCAAAGGUAGUUUGGAUCUAGUUUAACGGUGAUCGGAAAGAUUUUAAUUCUGUGAAAUAAAUUAAUUGAAAUUUGGAAAAUUUGUUGCAAAGAAAGAAAAGUUAAAUAAACUCGACUCACCGUUUCUUUAUAUUUCUUAUAUAUCGUUUCUUUGGUUUCGAGGAUGCUGAACUGUUGCUUUCUUUCGCGUUGGCUGUGCGAAUGUUUCACAAACAUGGGGAACGUGCGAUUUUAAAAGGUGGCUUGAAGUAUAUGCGUGUUUCAAUACGCAGAAACAGAGUGAAAGGAGUAACAUUCAAUCUGGUAGAACAGAGUUGCUUUGAGAAGAGCAUCGAUUAUUUUUAAAAUCUCGCACGAUCCAUUCGUUCUUUAAUUUCUUCUAUUUCGAUGAUUCAAAAUUUAUGAAUCUCAAUUGUGUUUCGUUACUUUUUAAUAGAAGAAUAGUGAGAAUGAAUUUUCUUGAGAAAUAUAAAUGGAAAAUUUGUUUAAAAGUUGAAAGAGCACAAAAAGAAUUGAAAUCGUUGACGAUAGAAUAUUGGUGAGAUAAUUGAAGAUAAGAUAUUGAAAUAAGUUUUAAUUAUUUUUAAAAUUCUUAUAUUCAAUAACUUAUCCUUUAACAAAGCUUAAUAAUCAAGGUUACGUUUUAAAAUUGAUUAACAAUGACAAUUUCAUGGAUUCGUUUGCAAAUCGAGGGAAAAAAAGAAUUUAUGGAUAGUCGGUGACAGAGAGUAGAGGAAAAAAAAAUAUUGAAAGUUGGAUAAAUUACGUGUGAUAUUAUAUAAUAUCAUCGAUGUAUGUAAUAAAAAGAAACGAGCAAGAGAAAGAAUAACAAAUGUACUAGUUACUAAGGAGUUGAUAAUUGAAAAUCGAAAAAUUUAUAAUAAUAUCACCAAAGAUAAUCACCAUCCAAAUAGAACUAAGAAAAAUGUAAUAAAAAUAUUCAACGAAUGUAUAUAUACAUGCGAAUCGUUUAUUCGAAGAAUUAUCAUUAAAAAAUAUUGGUCGUAGAAUUUGGAAAAAGUUGACAACUUUGAAAAUUAAUAAUAUCGUUUGGACGAGAUGUUCGCCUAUGCUUAAAUAAUUAAAAACACAGAAGAAUGCGAGAAAUCUGAAUGAAAGAGCGAUAAAGAGAAAAAAGAAAGAGAAGUUGGACGGCGUGGGAAGGAGAAAGUGGGAGAAUCAGUUGGGAAGAGUGUGGUAAAAUAGCACGGAGUGGGAUCAUCGAAUCGGUAGACUCGGAUGUGCAAGGUCGGAAAGGAAGACGCGUUGUUGAGAGGCGGGAAGCGUGGAAAUAAAAGUUGGUGUCGCUCGUUAAAAGGAUGCGUGCGCGUGUGUGAAGGGGAAUUUUUCCUUUGGAAUCUUGAUUUUUGCGUGUGUAGUGUGGGUAUAGAACGGGACGGGAAGAGGAGGGUAUCUAGCUGAUGCUACCUAGCCGAUGGAAAAUAUUUUCUGCUAUGCGAUUCCUGCUCGGCCAUCGUGGGAUUUCACCUGAGAGAUGAGGAGGGAUUUUACAAGCCUAUACCACCACCGAAACCGGUGCCGAACAAUCAAAAGAUUCAGAACGGGCAACAGGAUAGCAGGAUUCAGACGGUAGCCGAGCAAUCGUCGCGGACCGUCGUUUCCGGUGUAGAGAGGAGCACAACGUUAGACGAGAGCCAACUUCGAAGUUCCGGACAGAACGUUGCACCGGAAUACAGGAUGCCACCACUCUACGGAGAGGAACAGAGCUCGAGUCAAACUCAACAGCCGGCUAACUUGCAGACUCAUAGCAGCAAAUUUCCGAUUGAACGCGAAGUUGUUCUAUCAUCGGGAGAUAAAAAUUCAAAGAUUCCUAUUCUGCACGAGUACAAACAAAGAACUGCCGGAAGAGUGGCUAUUGCACCGGAUGCACCGAUCAAGCAGCAAGCUUGGGUUCAAGAGGGAACUCAGAUGCAAGAAGUGAGACAAGAGGGCCAAGCGAGGAGUUAUCAAGCAGCGGAAUCUUACGCGUCGACGUCGGUUGGAUCGGCGCCAAGGACGACCAAGAUCGAUGAGGAGAAAAGCAAAUCGAUCUCGAGGACUUAUCACACGAUUAAGGACAUGAUAUCGAGCCGUUUCGGGCAGAGUCGCAAGGACGUUGAGCCGGAACCGGAGGCGAGUUUGAACAACGUUACGGAAGAAUUGAGAAAAUCGAGUAGGAGCAUCGACGAGGAGGAGGCCAAAAAGAAGGAUGGGAUUUAUGGGAAACCGCGGGCUCAAGAUCCUCCCCUUAAUAUGCAACAAUAUCCGAAGAAUGCUUGUAGUCAAUACGGACACUCGUAUAGUUAUCUGAACAAUCAGCAGAACGUACCGCUUCCUGGACAACUUCAACCAACGUCGCAAAUUCAACCCAAUUUACCGGGUCAAAGUGCUCAGCUUCACGUGACGCAUCACACUCCACCAGGAGGAGUUCAAACGGUUCAUCAAACUCAAGUUGCUGGUUUCGGGCAAUCGGCGACAGGUGGACAGCAGGUGCAAAACGUUGCUAGGGAAUACGUCGUACAGGGGCCAUCUGGAUUGCCGAGUCAGCAAUUGCAUCAACCACUUCAUCAGAAUCCUCAGAACCAGGGUCAGAGUACGCAGAUGCAAAAGUCACACGGUCUACCGAUUCAACCUCAUCAAGUGGGGAAUUCGAUGCAGCCAUCGAAUCAAAACUUUCAAAGCGCUCAACAAUUGAUGCAUCAGAAUCAGAGUCAUCAUCAGAGCCCUAGAUUCGCCCAACAACACGCGCAGAACAUGCACCAACGUCAACUGAUCCAACAGAUGCAUCAACAACAAUUGGCCGGGCAGCAGAACGCCAAUCAGCCAGGAGUCAGGAACGUGCAACAGAGUUAUUUCUCGAACAACGUGUCUUAUCAGCAGUACCAGCAAGCCCGACAGGCUAUGUCAAGAUCUCAGAUCGAUCUACCCAGCACUUCGAGACAAGCUCAAGAACUGAGGCUGCCCGGCCAAGAGGUAUACUAUCAUUACGCUCAAGGUCGGCCUAGGUACGGUGUACCGCAAGUAUACAUGAAGACCGAAAGUAACCAAGAGGCCGAGUUCCAACGACGAAACUCGACCAAAGGUAUCGAGAAAGCUGCUUCCCAACCGCAACUCUGCUACGAGGACGAGAGAGUUAACGAUCCCCAAUCGAGGAAUCCGGUAAUAGAUCCUAUCAAGGGUCUGACGGUUGAUCCGUUGGACAAGGAACGGUACGAGAUCACGGUGGAGGAUCACGGUGGUGGAGUAACGGCCGAGUUUGGAAGAAGCGAUUCUCAAAGAAAGGACGAGUAUCGACCGGAGACAAGCUUCGGUAUACGCAGAGACGACGCUGUCAGGUGUUCGAAAAGGGAACAAGAGCAAAUAGGGGUGGGUGGGCAAGAUGGACAGGAGUCGGAAGGAAGUUCGGUGCAGAAGAGGAUCGAGGAGUUGCAGAAACGAGCCGAGGAGAAUCAUUAUAACGGGAAAGUGUCGUCGAAGGAGGGUAUGGAAGGGGCGGAGGUAGGCAAAAGUUCGUCCACGACGAAAAUUGGAAACGGCGAUGGACCAAAGAGAAUGGAGAAUCAAUACGCAAAGGAUCUUGUUCAGGCGAAAUCCGAGGUAAGAAAAGACGAGCUGGAACACGGGAUCGGUCGAUUGAAAAUCCAAAAUCAGGGAUCAGGAUCGGAUUACGACAAAGCCGGCCAGAGUUCCUCGAAUGUUGAUUCCGGGAGAGGAUCGGCCGUUUAUUCCAGCGGAAGACGGCCACCACCGGAAGAUCAAACUCAUCAACCAGUACAAGACUCAGAAUGGGUGGACAUUGUGGAAUCCGAAUUAAGAAGUAUUUUAGAGCCGAGAGAUGUGCCCGCUAUGGCGCAUUCCACCCUAUCUGAAAGCGUAUCAUCGGUAACUCCACCCCUGCCACCGCUUUCACCCCAUGAAAGUCCCAGAACACCAAGAAAUCGAUACUCGGCGAGCUUACCAUACGGAUCGAAACCUAAUUACAGCGAUUACAGCAAGGCCAUGGAGAAAAGAGGAUUCUCGAGUAGUUCGAAGCAUCGUGGUGCCUCGACUUCCAAGAAAGAAGCUGCUAAGAAAUUCUCUCAUCUUUUCGGUGUCGAAGCUGGUGAUUUAACUUCAACCACGACUGGACUCGAUUUAGAUUCGAUGUUGGAUAGAAGUGAUUCUGAUUUAAGCACGAAUGACGCGAGAACGAUUAGGAAACAACUGGAGGGUUUGGAAAAUAUGUAUAGCGAGGUACUGAAAUUGCUCGGUGGAAGUGUGAAAAAAAGACGUAAAGCCAGAGGCUUAGCCAGUUAUGGUUCCGUCUCAUCGUUGCCGACAUCAUCCGUCUCGUCCAGACCACCUGUAACGAGGCACCAUGAUAAACGUAGAUCUCACGCGAUUGACGACAGAAUGAAGAAAGCCAAAGACAUCAAGAGCAUUAACAAACGUUUUCAACGAUUAGAAUCUCACGUGGUUACACUUGCCAGAUCGGUGGCACAUCUGAGUUCGGAGAUGAGAACGCAACAUUUAAUGAUACAGGAAAUGGAGAACAUAAGGGGAGAGAUUGCUGCAUUGAGAACCCAAACGAGUAUGGCAAUGGUGAGAUCGCAGUCUCAACCAUUGAUCAAGGAUUCGGAACUACCAGCUCUCUCCAAUCCUUCCAGAGUGAAAAAACUCACCAAGUUCUUCGGCACGGAACCACCGCUCAUCAGACUAUUCCUCAGGGAACUUGGGUAUGAGAAAUAUGCGAAUGCUUUCGAGAAAGAAAAAGUCGGAAUGGUGGAGCUUCCUUAUCUAAGCGAGGAAAGAUUGCAAAAAAUGGGAGUUCCUCUGGGACCGAGACUGAGGAUUUUACAAGAAGCGAGGAUAUCGGUGUGCAAAGAUCCAAUUUAUGUUGUGUAAGUCUUGUGGAAUCCCUUGUUCAUCUGAAAAGCUACAGAACGAAGAAAUAUUAAAAAAAAUAAAUAAAUAAAUAAAUAAAAUUAUUUUCAUUUCAUGCUUUUAACGGAUUUUAAAUGGUCAAAAGUAUCUCGUUCUUUCAAUUCAUCUCAACGAAAGAUGAUUCUCUCGGAUGAAAUCCUAAACAAUGAACAGAUAUUGCAAAAAUUAGUAUUUUUUACAAAGUAGAAAAAUAAUACUAAUAAGAAGGGUGGAAAAAAUAAUUGCGUUCUAUUUCGUGUGUAUUAAUGCGAUUAAUAAUUAUUUUGAGAUAGAGAUUAUGGUUUUGCACGUUAAAAUGUGUAUAAGUGUAUUAGGAAAUCUGUAAAACUAUCUGUAUUUUUAAUCAUACAAUUGAAAAUUAAGAAUUUUUUAGUUACAUGCAUCAUUGAUCUCGAAAAUAUUUAAUUCUAAUAAUAUAAAAUUUACUUGUCACUUAA